CAUUAUCAUACCUACCCACUACACAAAUAACCAGAUUGUUUCUACGCAAUGCUUAUCAUUUCUUAGCCGGAUAUUUAACAAACAACACGCCGAUUGUUGUCUUUUUUAUAAAAGUGAAUUAAGUAGUUAUUCGUGCACGUAAUACCUACCUGCAGUGGGCUAGUAGUCUUCUGGAGUAAAACUGGAAUAAAGUUUGUUGAAGAAAGAAUGGCUGCAAAACAUUUAUGGAGCAUUUUUGUGCUGAAGCCAAGUGUGAGCGGCAGGACUGGCUUUCAUUUAAACAAGAUUGUCUCCUGUGCUAGCUACAGCACUAGGAGCAAAAAUAACAAGGUUUACGACAACAUCAAUGAUGCAGUUUCGGAUAUCAAAGAUGGUUCAACUCUGCUUGUUGGUGGGUUUGGUCUGUGCGGCAUCCCAGAGAAUCUAAUUGUAGCUGUUAACAAGAAAAGUGUUAAAAACCUUACUGUGGUUUCUAAUAAUGCAGGAAUUGAGAACUUUGGACUGGGUGUGUUGCUUAAGAGCAGGCAGGUGAAGAGAAUGAUCUCUUCAUAUGUUGGAGAAAAUGCAGAAUUUGAAAAGCAAUUUCUUACUGGUGAGCUGGAGGUGGAGCUAACUCCUCAAGGCACUCUUGCUGAGAGGAUCCGGGCUGGAGGCGCGGGGAUCCCCGCCUUCUUCACUCCCACUGGCUUCGGAACCUUAGUUCACGAAGGUGGAUCACCCAUUAAAUAUGCUGAAGGUGGAAAGAUUGCUAUUGCCAGCUCCCCACGGCUCGUGCAACAGUUCAAUGGCAAGGACUACAUCAUGGAGGAAGCCAUCACCGGCGACUUCGCACUAGUCAAAGCGUGGAAGGCGGACCGACACGGCAAUCUAUUGUUCAGAAAGAGCGCUAGAAACUUCAACCCAGCCAUGUGUAAAGCCGCCAAAAUCACAAUAGCUGAAGUGGAAGAAAUUGUUGACGAAAUAGACCCAGAUUACGUUCAUGUCCCGUCAAUCUAUGUGCAUAGAGUAAUCAAAGGCGAAAAAUAUGAGAAGAGGAUAGAGCGCGUAACAGUGACUAAGCCAAAAAGCGAUAAAGGAAAGAAGCCUGCAGAUGAAAUGAGGGAAAAGAUUAUCAGACGGGCCGCUUUGGAAUUCAAAGAUGGAAUGUAUGCUAACCUGGGAAUAGGUAUGCCGAUGCUGGCCAGUAACUACAUUCCGAGUAACGUGAAGAUACAGCUACAGUCUGAGAACGGGAUCCUCGGGCUGGGCCCCUUCCCCACCGAGGAGAAUGUCGACGCCGAUCUUAUCAAUGCUGGGAAAGAGACCGUCACUGUGUUGCCUGGCUCCUCGUUCUUCUCGUCGGACGACAGCUUCGCGAUGAUCCGCGGCGGCCACGUGGACCUCACGGUGCUCGGCGCCAUGCAGGUGUCCCAGUACGGCGACCUGGCCAACUGGAUGAUUCCUGGCAAGAUGGUGAAAGGCAUGGGCGGCGCCAUGGACCUGGUCUCCGCCCCCCGCACCAAGGUGGUGGUGACCAUGGAGCACUCGGCGCGCGGCGGCACCCACAAGAUAGUGCCGCAGUGCACGCUGCCGCUUACAGGGAAGAGCUGCGUCGACAUGAUCAUUACUGAGAAGUGUGUCUUCGAGGUAGACCCAGAAAAGGGACUGACACUAACAGAGCUGGCAGAGGGCGUCACCAUCGAAGAUGUCAUCGUGAGCACCGGAUGUGAGUUCAACGUCGCACCGGAAGUCAAGCCCAUGGGUGACGUCACUAAGCUCGAAAAGGACUAGAGUGUAAUGAAUGCGAAUGUAAAUAUGAUGCAUUUAUGCGGUACUUAAUUGUUAUUAUUAGCGUUCGUUAAGCUGAAUAGUUAAAUGUUGUCACAAUCUGAAUUUAUAAUUUUAAGUAUAUUACUCAUACUCAAUUUGUAAUGUUAAGUUUAAAAAUAACUCAUAAAAUUAUUAUUUUCAUACUCAAUUUUACAACGAUAUUGUUAUAAGGAAGUAUAUUAUAAAUAAUGUAUAUUUUUGCUGUUAUAAUACUUAAACUAGUUAUGAAUAUAAUAUUAUUUGCAGUUAAA